AUGGCAAGGUCGUGUGAGUUCUCCUCGAUUUUGCCAGGUGAAGCGACAUUGCCAAGCAAGUCUCUUGAACCAGACGACGUCGUGCGCCCGCAGAUUGUCAUCACGCCACCGAGACGAGCCGUCGACGUGACCGAGCCACGUGAGAAACCUCUCCAGACGCCUCCAGUCGACGACCGCGACCGCAGUCCAGCAGGAAAUCUUCAACUUCCAGGUUCUCUUCCGAAAACGGAAGUGUCCGAUCCUGAGGAUCCAGCCUGCCAUGCCGGCCCUCAGAGCUCCUCAGUGUUUCAAGACCAUGAGUGUGAACAAGAUCGUCUCCAACGCAGGCCUUCGUACAGUUCGCAAAGGUCACGCAGGUCUGAUGGCUCUUCCAAGGGAGACUCGGAAGUUACGGAGAAACGAAGCAGGUAUAGUCAGGGCAGCAAGCGCAGAGGUUCCUUUACUGUUGCGCGGGUAAGUAUGGAUACUGCGAAGUCUCCUUUAGACAGAGUGCCAUUUGCGGAUGGAGUCGAGUGUGCGAUGCAGCUCUACUUGGAAGAUUCUUGCGAGGACGGAUCAGGCACAGCUAGUCGUACUAUCAGGAUGUGGGUAGUGCUGCUUGGCCUCCUCCUACUGGUGUCUGCAUUGGCAUUUUGGUCCUUAAUGAUACCCUUUGCACCACCGGAAGCAGGAUUCUGGGAGAAUUGGCGAUUCAACUUCGUCGCGGUUCCCUCUAUGAUGUAUGUGUUCAGUCGCUCGGGAGUUCUCCUGCUUUUUCGCAGCAUUUCGCCAUCCGAACGGACUCGGAUGAGGUCGAAGAGCCUGUGGCUCCCCGUGGUUGGCCCCGUCGUUUGCAUUGCUAUACAAACCAUCGCCGGGGCUUUGGGCGUUUUUCCCCUCCCAUACCUCAUUCUCACGGCUGCGAUCCCAGCGCAAACAGUUGCUCUCAUUGUUGCCCGCCUCUCCGUGCCGCCGGAUCUCUUAUCUACAGAAGUUCGCAAGUGGUGGACAUAUGUUACCUUCUGCUUCAUAGCCUAUCCUUCGCAAAGCAUGUUGUUCAUGCUUUGGUUAGCAGUGUUCCCAGAGCUCACGGAGGUGUUGCAGGUGCUCGGCAGCUUCGCGUUGAACGGUUUGCUCGCCGUAUCAGCAGUCAUCAUGGAGUGGAUUGGUCUGUGGCUGAGGCUGCCGGUCUACCUCUUGUACGAAAUCAAGGUCAUGAUUCUUUUCGUGUCAUUUCUCUACACAGCUGCACUGCUUUCCAGCGCCAAGUCUGUGAUUGUGCUUGCUCUGAUGCUUGCCCAGGACGCAGCAAAGGCAGUGGCAAUCUUUCUGAAGAUGUGCUAUCAUCUGCUAGCCAUCGUUGAGAUUGAGCACAUAGGCCAAAACGAUACACAUACAUGUAGCACAUGCAGCUCUUGCAGUUGCCACACUUUGGGAUCGUUACUGGUCACCCCGUCGGAGCUGCUGGCUCUGCGUCGACGGAAGUGGUCCUUGAUGCUGGACUGUCGCGAUAGGCUCCGUGACAUCUUCACCAUCUUUCAGCUCCACACUCGAGAAAGCCUUCAAGAAGCAGACCUUGCACUGGCCGAUGUCCGCCUCCUUGGCGGCUUUACCAGAUGUAUUGUCGUCCUUGGCUUGGUGGAGCUUUGUGAAGUGCUGGUACCGUUGCUAUACAUGAUUUUGGCGACAAUGCUGCACGUACUUGGAGGUAAUCGGGAGUACAUCUACCUGUUUGAUGACGUGGAGCUGUGGUCAGCUUUGGUAGGGAAUGGCUUUGGCUUCCUGAUCGAGAUCUCCGUCUUGCUACUCCUCCAAGCUGCGCUUUGUUCGCUGAUUGGCUUCAAUUUACUGAAUUUUGUUACCCAUGUCUUGAGAAUGGAUUUCAGCUACUGGACGGCAGUUCUCUCCACAUGCUUGGAAGGCUGGAUCGUUGUGUUGCUCUCCCAUGGUGGACAUGAUCUGGAAGCGAUCCGGGACUGGUUAUCCAUUUGA